AUGUCCAAGGUCUUUUCGACGAGCGACGUUGCGUCGCACAACAAGGGGGAUGACAUGUAUAUUAUUGUCGAUGGGGAUGUGUAUGAUAUCACCAAGUUCCAGGAUGACCAUCCCGGCGGCAAGAAGAUUCUCCAGCGAGUCGCUGGCAAGGACGCCUCCAAAAUCUUCUGGAAAUACCACAACGAGGGCAUCCUGAAAAAGUACAAGGGCAAGCUGCAGGUCGGCUCGCUCGACAGCAAGCCCAAGCCUGAGCCCAAGGCCGAGCCCAAGCCUGCCGCCGCAUCCGCUCCUAAGAAGGCCGCCAGCCCCAGCUCCAGCAAUGAGCAGUCUGAGCCUCUGGAGCCCUUCGGAGCCCUGAUCCCCUUUGCCGAUCCUUCGUGGUACCAGGGCAACUUCUCGCCAUACUUCAACGAGACUCACGCCGCUCUGCGUGCCGAAGUCCGCGAGUGGAUGGAGAACGAGAUUGAACCUAACGUCACUGAGUGGGACGAGGCUAAGCGCGUCCCCGAGGAGAUCUACAAGGAGAUGGGCCGCCGUGGCUAUCUUGGGGGUCUCUUGGGGGUCAAUUACCCUACCGAGUAUGUCCCUAAUGGUGUCAAGUCGGUCCCCACGGAAAACUGGGAUCUCUUCCACGAGAUGCUGUUGACCGACGAGCUGUCGCGUGCCGGCUCCGGUGGUUUCGUCUGGAACUUAAUUGGUGGUUUCGGUAUUGGCUGUCCUCCCAUCAUGAAGUUUGGUUCUCAGGCCCUCAAGGACCGCAUCAUGCCUGGUAUUCUCGCCGGUGAUAAGCGCGUCUGCCUGGCCAUUACGGAGCCAGAUGCUGGUAGUGAUGUUGCCAACCUGACUUGCGAGGCUAGGCUCAGCGAAGACGGCAAGCACUUCAUUGUCAAUGGCGAGAAGAAGUGGAUUACCAACGGUAUCUGGGCUGACUACUUCACCACUGCCGUGCGAACCGGCGGUGAAGGCAUGAACGGCGUCAGUCUGCUGCUCAUCGAGCGCGGCCCCGGUGUCAGCACCCGUCGCAUGGACUGCCAGGGUGUCUGGUCUUCCGGAACCACCUACAUCACCUUUGAGGAUGUCAAGGUCCCAGUUGAGAACCUGCUCGGCAAGAAGGACAAGGGAUUCGGUGUCAUCAUGACCAACUUCAACCACGAGCGCAUCGGCAUCAUUAUCCAGUGCCUUCGUUUCUCACGUGUUUGCUUCGAAGAGUCAGUCAAGUACGCCAACAAGCGUCGCACUUUUGGCAAGAAGCUCAUUGAGCACCCUGUCAUCCGUAUGAAGCUCGCACACAUGGCUCGCCAGAUUGAGGCUUCCUACAACUGGCUUGAGAACAUGAUUUACCAGUGCCAGAAGAUGGGUGAGCACGAAGCCAUGUUGCGUCUUGGCGGCCCCAUUGCCGGCCUCAAGGCCCAAUCUACCGUCACCUUUGAGUUCUGUGCCCGUGAGGCCUCGCAGAUCUUUGGUGGUCUUUCGUACUCGCGAGGUGGACAAGGUGGCAAGGUGGAGAGAUUGUAUAGGGAUGUCAGAGCGUAUGCUAUCCCUGGCGGUAGUGAGGAGAUUAUGCUGGAUCUUAGCAUGAGGCAGUCUCUGAAGGUUGCUCAAAUUAUGGGUAUGAAGUUAUAG